AUGUCCGCCACGCCAACCCCCGCCGCCACACCCGCGCCAUACAGCCUCAACCCGUCAGCAACCGCCACGGAAGUGGACCUCGAAGCGAGAGUGGACGGCGGCAGCGGUGAUAAGGCACAACAACGCCCUCCAUCAAGCUCGUCCACUGCGAUCGAGCCGCAGGUGGAGGCCAACGCCAAGCCCGAGGUGGAGCGCAAGGUGGAGGCGGCCGGGGCCGAAGCGCCGACCCCGAGCUCCUCGGCGUUGGCAACGCCGGCGCCGCCGCCAGACGGCGGCGCACACGCCUGGAUGACGGUCGCGGGGUGCUUCUUCGGCGUGUUUGUGCAGUUCGGCUUGGCCAACUCGUUCGGCGUCUUCCAGGAGUACUACGAGGCGCACCAGCUGGCGGGGUACUCGGCGUCCACCAUCUCGUGGAUUGGCGGCAUCCAGCAGUUUCUCCUCUUCUUCGGCGGCCUGUUCAUCGGGCGCGUGUUCGACGCGCACGGCGCGCACGUGCUCAUUAUUCCGGGGUCGCUGUGUAUCGUCACGAGCCUGAUGCUCACUUCACUCUGCCACACAUACUACCAGUUCGCGCUAGCACACGGCGUGCUCUUCGGCCUCGGAUCGGCGCUCGUCUUCCACCCAUGCAUCUCCGCCCCGGGGCAGUGGUUCGCGCGCCGCCGCGCGCUCGCGCUCUCCGUCGCCGUGUCGGGCUCGGGGCUCGGCGGGACCCUGUGGCCCGUGGCUCUUAACCGCAUGUUCAACCAGAUCGGCUUCGCGUGGGCGCUCCGCGCGGCGGGCUUCAUCGCCCUCGGGCUGCUUGCGCUCGCUUGCGCGCUGCUCCGCACGCGCGCGCCGCACAAGACGCCGGCGCCGCUCAGCCAGGUCCUCUCGCCGUUCAAGGAGGCGCGCGUCGUCCUUCUCACGCUCGCGGCGAGCUUCAUGUUCUGGGGCAUGUUCACGCCCUUCUUCUUCGUCACUGCCAACGCUUUGCGCGUGGGCACGCGCCCCGACAUCGCGUUCUACUGCCUCGCGUUCAUCAACGCCGGGUCGACUCUCGGCCGGCUGCUCGCCAUGGUCGGCGAUCACUGGGGAAGGUUCAACGUGUUCAUCGUCGCCGGCGCAGUCAACGGCCUCCUCCUCCUCGCCUUCUGGAUCCCGCUCCAGACGACCUCGGCGCUCAUCGCCUUCGCCGUCAUCCACGGCUUCUCAGCCGGCAUGGUCAUCUCCAUCAUCGGCGCGUGCGUCGGCCAGAUCUCGGUCCCGCACGAGAUUGGCCGCCGCAUCGGCGCCAUGUGGGCCGUUGUUGCCGUGUUCGCGCUCACCGGCCCGCCGAUCAACGGCGCAUUGAUCGCAAACUAUCCCGGCGCCGCGGGAUUCCAGUACGCCGGUGCGUUCAGCGGCUGCGUCGUGCUCGUUGGCGCCGUGUUUGGAGUGUUCGCCAAGUGGAAGGCGAGCGGUUCGGUGUGGGGGAUUGCAUAG